AAGCUAACACAGUCUGUAAAACAAUGUCUCCAACAAGAUUUACUAUUAUCUUCAUGUUAUUUUGGAAUAUUGGUGCAGCAGUAAGCUUGUACAAAGCAGAAGAUUUGUUAAAGACGGCGGUUAACAUUCUCAACCAUCUUAUUGCAAAUAAACAUUGUUCUUCGUCACAUCACAUGUGUCCAGAUACAUGGAUACGUUUUCACGAGUCCUGUUAUCUUUUCCCUAACAAGACAUACAUGUUUGACGACGCCGAGCAUGUUUGUAUUCAGUAUGGAUCAAGACUGGUUAACAUUGAAAGUGAUUUUGAAAAUACUUUCCUGAAAAAUCACAUGAGGAGCUUAAAAAAUGCCAAUUAUUGGACCGGACUUACAGCUUCUUCAGAUAGAAAAUCCUGGAUUUGGCACAAUACAAAUACAGAGGCUAUGUUUUUAGAUUGGAGCGGUCGCAGUCCCAACAAUUACCAUGGAGACCAAGAAUGUGUCUUUAUGGAGCAUGCAUAUGACUUCCAGUGGAAUGAUUAUAGCUGUGCCAACAAGUUUAAUCCAGUUUGUGAGAAAAACUGGACACGUUUGGGUUUAUAAUAAAACGAUGAGAACGUCUGUGGAGCAUAUAUGUACUUAUAACUGAAAUAUAAUUAGUUUUAAUAUCUUUAAAUGUAAUGCAGAAGAACUUUAAUCGGCUGUAUAAUUUUGCUGAGGCAGUCAUGUUGACCCAAAACCGACCAAAUUAUUGUGAAAGCGACAUCUUUCGCAGAUUUACAUUUAUGGCAGAUGAUAUCGAAUUCUCUUUAGAAUUUUGACUAUUUGCAUUUUCAUGUCUUUGUAAAACAAGAAUCUUAGAAUGAAUUGGUAUAACUUGAUUGACAAUUUACAAAAUUUAUUUCAUAUUUUUUACAUAAUAAUCAUUUUGAGUUUUACAUGGGUCGUAUUACAAAAUUAAUGCUAACGCUAUGUCAUUUUUGUAAAUUACUUUGACGAAAACAAAACAAAUACAAGUACUUUCAAGCUAUAAAAAAUGUCGCGUUUAAUGAAACGCCUGCAUAUUAUGGUAUAAGAGCAAUAUUUAUGUGUAUAGCCUUCUUGUGCAUCUCGCCUUCGUUAACAAAUGUUUGUCGGAAAAAUAGCUCAUGAGCUAGUGUUUUCUGUUAAAAUGUAUCCGACGUAAAAUAAAUUUUCUUGUAUCUUGUAUAAAACAAAAUACAUUUUUUUCUAUAGAUAAGAUGGCUAAAUCUGGAGGGUUGUGGGGAGGACAGCGGUGAUAAUCAGAAUGCAAAAAUAGAAAAAUUCUCUGUAAACAAAAAAGAAAUCUUUUGGAUCCAAAACGAGGGUGUGUCUAGAAGACCAAAGUAAUUUUUAAAGAAGCAAACAACGGCCAGUGAGAGGACAUCCUGAACCUCCAGAAAACUCUGUAAUAAUAUAAAAACUAGACAAAAUAAUUAAUGUUGCAAGAAUAAAUAGCAUUAUAUGUUACACUACAUAAAGCAUAAAAUUUAUAUUUGCUUUGCCUGAACGCCUUUGAAAAUUUAUUUCUGUCAUCACAGAAAAGGGUAGGUGUAACGAAUAGUAUGUCAAAAAGAUAGAAAUGAGGUUGUCAUGGCAACCAAAAGAUGUCAUUGCAACCAAAAGGAACAAAAGAAAGUUAUCAACUGAAGGUUUUUUUUCUUAUUGAACUAAAAGGCCAAGAACAUGUAUAUUUUGAGUAAGACAUUGUCUUGUGAACCACGAUUUUUCAAAUUAUAGCCCUCGGAUCAAACUUAGUCCCGCGACAGGGUAAUGUUUUUUAUAGAUGUAUAUUUUUAUAUACAAGUAUAUACAUAUAGCAAUUUAUUUUCUCUCAGAUAUUUAGAAUGAAACAUUGUCUAGUGAACUUCUAUCAACUUUACUUAAAUGAUAGCUUUGGGGUCAAAAUUUCCCCAACCCCAUGAGAUCAUGGCUUUUCUUUAAAUCAUUUCUUUCGCUGUAAAAUAGUCCCGCUCAUAAGUUAAAUAAUGAAAGAGAAACAACUAGUAAUGGAAUGGUUUUGUGGUUUUUGUUGUUUUUUGUUUUUGGUUUUUUUUUGGACAUGUUAUGCCAUUUUCUAAAAACAAAUUCUACGGCUGGGAGUGUGCCUAAAGGUCAAAAUGUAGAAAAAAGCCGGACCGAAAUCGCCAUUGGCGAAUCGUGUAAUGUACCGAGCGCAUAAUCCGCGGAUUGUAUCAGACCGCGGUGAACCGUAACGCCCCUAAAUUGACCUCUUGCAAGACAAAUGUUUGCUUUUAAGAGAAUGUUAUGCAAUGAAAUGGUGCCGUGACCUAUACGAAGUGUAAUGGUUUCUUUGCAGGAAUAUUUUAAAAAUAAUUUAGGGACAUUCUGAUUCAUUCCACGUAUAAGAAAAGCAUUGAUGCAAAGCAUCAAAGGGCGUCCAAGCAAGAAAUGCAACAAGUGAAGAUGAACUAGUAAACAUAAUUAUGAUGACAACUUUUCAAUUGUUAAUUGGUUUUUACCAGAAUUGUAUAUCACUUAUCAAUGAACGGACGAAAGACUUUGUCCAUUAUGAACUUUGAUUGGCAUGUUAGAGAUUAGAACAUUACUUGUUAUUUCUUUAUGAUCGUGAUUAUUAAUAGCAACGGAUAUACAUGUAAACAAUCAUUUAUAAUCCAUAUGUGUAACGUAUGAUCAACAGCACACUUGUGUAAUUGUCCCUCAUUAUGUUAUCGCUUUUAGCGAAGACCCCUCUUAAGGUAUCUGUUCACACUUAGUAAAAAUAUGACACUGGUUAUAUUACCAUGUUGAUCAUGUUGAGCAUAAUUGUUUAUUAUACAAUAAUUAUAAUAUCUUUUUUAAUAAAAAAAAUACAGAUUUUUUGAAUAUUGUUUUCUUUUCUUUUUUGUGUUUAAUCUGCUAUUUCAAUACUGAGAUUUUACGUUUUCUA